GUGGAGAAGAGAGGGUGUAUGUAGGCAUGCAAGUGAGAAUCAAGGGAAGGAGUGACAGGCAAGAGGGAAAGAGAAGCCAGGUGCUUUUUACUCAUCUUACCACUGAUACACUCCCCACAAACACACACACACACACACACUGAAGGAACUCUACCAGAGCAGUGAGCUGAUACACGUGGGUGUGUGUCAGGGUGUGUGUGUGUGCGCUCGGAGGCAACAGAGGGGAUCUCUGAGGAUACACGGAUGAGAAAGAGGAGUGGGGGAAGUCAAGGAAGAGGAGCCCGAGUGUGUUUCGCCCCGGGGGGAAGCUCACACACACCGCAGACAGCACACACACGCCAGCGGGCACUCUGCACUGUUUCCCUGACAACUAGAAUGGGCUGCAAUUUGUGCACCUUGCAGAAACGGGAGGAACACUACAAACUGCUGUAUGAGAUUGCACAGGUGAACGGGCGCAACUUCUCCAAGGCUGACCAUGAGGAGGCAGUGGUGGAGGCCAUCAGGCGAGACCCCAUCGUUGUCCAGGUUCUCCGUCACACACCCACAAGAUCCACGGCCGCUGUUGCACAUAACCACAACUGCAUGCAACAGGAUGGGUGUGUGGUGGAUGUGUGCACGCAAACGGACAUCACCUUCGAGCACAUUAUGGCACUGGCGAAGCUACGGCCUGCGACUCCGCCCGUUCCUGACAUCUGUCCUUUCCUUUUGUCCGACAGUUGUCAUUCCAUCCACACCAUGGAGCAUGAGUUUUAUGAAUGUCCAGAGUACCUGUCCAAUAUCCCAGCAGAGGUGGAGAGGACUGAAGAUUAUGAGUAUGAGGAAGUGGAGCUGUGCAGGCAGAACAGCCAGGAGAAACUGGGCUUGACGCUGUGCUACAGGACCGACGAUGAGGAGGACACCGGCAUCUAUGUCAGCCAGGUGGAGCCAAACAGCAUAGCAGCGAGGGAUGGACGCAUCAAGGAAGGAGACCGUAUUCUACAGAUAAAUGGCUUUGAAGUGCAAGACAGAGAGAAAGCUGUUGCCUUGUUAUCAAGUGAAGAAACAAGAAGCAUCACACUCCUGGUGACAAGACCAGAACUCCAGCUCGAGGAGGAGGUUUGGCUGGAUGACGAGCAACAGGAGCUUGUGGAGGAGCUGAAGAUAGAGAUCCUGGAGGAGAGGAGGAAGCAGAAGGAACGUAACUUUGACAGGGGAGAUGAGGAAGAGAACCUAGAUAGCACACAGGCUGCAGACCCACAAGACCUCAGCCGUCGUGGACGGCACGCGAACACAGGGAGAAAGCCCGAGGCAGGGCACCUCGGCCUGCGACCAACUCUUCCUAAAAUCGACCAAAACUUGCCUCAACUACGCGAAUUCGUGUACUACGAGACCGUGAGCUUCCGAGUCGACGUGUCAGGAGUAAGUCGUAGGAGUGAGGACGAGGUGGCAUAUUCACCCCUAGGUAUGGAAAGAUCUCCUGAUCAUUCUCUGCAGAGACACAUCAGCUUCACCAACCAGAAAAACCUCAGACUGGCUUCCUCCACGCCUUCCCGCCCCAUUGUGAUCCCAAAGCCACAAGGUACACCAAGUCAUAGCAGACCAGCAGACCCAGGCCUUGUUAUCUCCAGCAGUCCGGACCAGAGCAACCCUUCCCGGUCCGAGUCAGACCCUUCCCUACCAGCGGACGAUGAGAGGUGUGAAAGAAGGACAAGAGAAACCAGGAGGGGGCUUCCCUAUGGUUCUUAUCAGACAACCCCACAUCCAGGCCAGGGAGGAUCCAGGCAAUUGCAAAGCUACAUGCAGCUGCUACAACAGCACUCGUCCCUGGAGUAUUCCCAGAGCCAGCUGAGUCUGCUCAGUGUCUGCCGAGACCCCGUGCACCGGAGCGGACGCCCUGGGGAACCCCGUCUAGAGUGGAAGGUCAAAGUUCGGGCCGACGGCACACGCUACGUGGCGCGGAGGCCUGCUCGUGACCGCAUCCUGAGGGAGCGCGCGCUAAGGAUAAGAGAGGAGAGGAGCGGAGGCAUGACCACGGAUGACGACGCCAUGAGCGAGAUGAAGAUGGGCCGCUACUGGAGCAAAGAGGAGAGGAAGCAGCACUUGGCACGUGCCAGGGAGCAAAGGAAGAGGAGGGAGUUCAUGCAGAAGAGCCGCCUCGAUUGUCUCAAGGAGGGGCCAGCCAGUGGAGCUGAGGGCAGGAAGGAAAUCAAUAUCUUGGAGCUCAGUCAGAAAAAGAUGCUGAAGAAACGGAACAAAAAGAUCCUGGAUAACUGGAUGACCAUCCAGGAGCUGAUGAGCCACGGGGCUAGAGUCCCAGAGGACUCCAAAGUACAUCACAGCGCAUUCCUUUCUGUCACAACUGUCUAGCAGUAUGCAGUACUUCAUAUUUCUAGGUACUAAACACUGUAAGAUCCUGCAUUUCAGGAAUUAAUGCUCUAUGAAAAAAGGUUCAGUUACAUGUAGGGAAGUAAAUGUGACUGCUGAGGACUUCUGUAGCAUUUCUAUGGCAACUUUGUAUCUCUUUAAGAAUGUUUUAAAGUUCUUUAUCUAUCAUUUCAAGACCUCGGCCAUUAAAACUUUUCAUCGUUUUUACACUGGCUUUUUGGUAACGGACUUGCUUCUGAUAGCAGAUGGUUUUUGUAGCAUAUUGGUUCAAACUGAUAAUGGUGCAGAACUAAUACAAUAACUCAAUAUACACUACUGUAUGUUUUGUCUCUAUGUAUUGUGUUUCAUUGCAUAUGAAGCGACUUCACUUGCCUCGUUCCAGGUGGCGUUUUUUAUAAUGGGAAAAAUAUGAUAUUUUUCACGCUUUGUAAACUCCGUAACUUUUUGUAAACAAUUUUUUACACUGAAUGUCAUUGUACUGUAAACAUUUGAUUGAAAUGUCUUAUUUAUGUUUGUAUCACUUAACCAUCGUGGUUGACACUAUUUGAUUGUACUGUAGCCUGCAUUGUAUGCCAGACCAACACAAAGAGAAACUCUGAAUUCCCAGAACACACUUCAUAAAACCUUUGUUGUGUUAAUAAUAUAAGUUGAGUCAGAGUUGUCGCAAAAAUGUAUCUCAAAAGCUCAUGUUGUUCUUGAGCGGUUUUACCUCACAAUAAAACUCUGAAAUGGUUGAAUACUCGGUUAAUUGAAUUGGUUGACUUAAUUUACCCUCGAGUCAACCUGACCCCUUACUAUAAACCAUACAUGUGUGAUUUAUGUUUAAAAUGUUAAAUAGAUUCAUAUUUAUAUUGUUUACUGUUAUUGUUUCUAUUUAUUGUAAUUUAUUUUCUAUGGUCCGUCUGAUAAAUGUUCCACAUCAAGUGACUGUCCUUGAAAGGGAAGUCAAGAAAGUGUAUCCGAUAGCAGCCUUUCAUCUCAAACCUGCUGCUUCUCACUGUAACGUUAAUUGAAGAGGCCUUGACUUCAGUAUGUGUUGAUGGUGAUAUUUGUAAUAAAACAAU